AGCGGGAGCGAGCGCUGCUUUUCAAUUCAGUAGUGUUGUGUUGUGGCGAGCGCGCGCGCGUGCCUUUGUGCGCACUUGACGUGCGUCUUGAUAUGAUUCGCGUUCCGUUCGUAACCGUUGUGCUUGUGCAAUACUAGAACUGCCAGCACUCCAUUAUGACGCAAGAGGACAACAACAGCCGCUUCGACGACGAGCUCAUGUCCAACGGAGAUACCACCGAUGAAGAUGUUGUUAGGACAGAAAGGGCCAGCGUUAAAGAGAUGAUAUUGCAUUUCGAACGGACGGUCGUCAACAACUUCGGUGGUUCUAGUGAAUCGUUGGAGAAAUCGAAAGACAUUAUGCUAGGAAGCUUAACUAGUGUUGUUAAUCCUAUACAAAUGCAUUUUCAACAUUUGUGCCCAGUGACUAAUUCUCAAGAUAGGCAUUCGAACGUAUCAGUGAAUUCUAUUUUAUCAAACGUGUCAGAAAUUAGUUAUGAAUCAAGUUCUUCGGGAUUUGCGUCAGAUAGAAAAUCAUCUUCACUAAAGCCGCACAGACCCGCACCUCCGCCGCCAGAACCUUUUAACGACAGCUCUUCUAUUGAUAGUAAGUCUCCUGCUCCCGACGAAAGCAUAACCAAAGAUAUUAAGUUCUCAUUCGCUACACCUCCUAGUUCGCCGAUUGUUUUGCGACGACAUAGACAACCUCCGGUUAUGCGAAAGAAAUCUACGAUCGGAAGUCAAGGACAUACGGGGGAAACGCAUUGGUCUUACGGUGUUAAACAAAGUGACUUAGAAAAGUUACUACGACUCAAGACCUCUGAGGUUUCGGACAAUGAAGAGGAAACAAAGGCUGCAAGUGUGGAGUCAUCGUCUACUGAUAACGGUAGCGAUUCCACCGACAGCGAUAAAGCGGAGUCUGGAGAAGACUACGUAGUCAAUAACGAUGAUGGAAGAACUGAUACACUAUCGACUGAUCAUUCCACUGAUACUUUAAUCAAUGAGUAUGAAAGUGAUGAAGGUGAUAACGUAUCGGAAGCUUCCGGUGGUUCCGGUGAUCGCUGUAAUUAUGACAAUGUCAGUAUUAAGUCAAUAUCUUCAUUCGACAUGGUGCCGUAUCAGAAAUAUGACAGCAUCACCGUGUCCUCGGACGAGUUCGGUUCAGAAGUCUGCCAUGCUCCUGACACUGAAUUCCUCACUGUGAGUGCAGUGAACGAAUGGUGUAUAUCAAAGUCUUCUGAGCCGGUUUUAAUACCAGUGGAAUCGAAAAAAGAGAAAUAUCGACGACGACUAACGGAGCGUGUGAACGAGUUGUUACAUACGGAAAAUGUUUAUGUGGAACGUUUGAAACACGUGGUUGAAGAUUACAUACCGGAGAUGUUUCGAGAAGACAUACCGCACUCGCUGCGGGGGAUGAAAUCAGACAUUUUUGCAAACAUUGAACGCAUUUGUCGAUUUCACGCAGAGGAAUUUCUGCCGGCAUUGAGAGACUGCGAAAAUGACCUUAGGAAGUUGGGACAGUGUUUUAGGAGAUUCGAGCAGAGGUUUAAUAUGUACGUAAUGUAUUCUAGAAAUAAUAAGAGAGCUACGAGACUGGUUUACGAACACAAGCAAUUUUUCCAGGCAAGACAACUAGAAUUAGGAGACCGACUGGAUUUAUCCAGUUACUUACUAGAACCAGUUCAAAGGAUACCUCGGUAUAAAUUAUUCCUUGAUGAUUUAGUAAAAACUUAUAUAAAUUACGAGAACGAACGCUGCGAAUCGGACUCUAGAAUAUCUAAGCUGAGUGUAGACAGUGACGAGACUGGAGGCAGUAAUGGAGAAUCUUCGGACAGUGACGAAACGCCUUUGGAAAGUUUGAAGCUCGCAAAGACCAUGGUCGAGUGCGUACUAACGGCUGUCGAUGGUAUAAUGGCGUUAGAAAACAUUAGAGACUGCCCGACACAUUUAAAUCUACUGAAUCAAGGUCGCCUGCUGCGACAGAACGAGUUCUACGCGAUGGACAGCGCGCGUCGCCGCCGACAGCUCAUGAGGAUAUUCCUUUUCGACAAGCUCGUGCUCAUCACGGCUGUUUAUCGCAAGCAACUAACCGUCGAGUUCUUCAUAUACAAAGACCACAUUCCGGUCGAUGACCUCGGUAUCACGGCGAAGGAACAGGACCUUUACAAAUUUACGAUAUGGUACAAAAAGCGAAACCUCAAGUCGUACAAAUUGGAGACGAGAGACUCUGGCAUCAGGAAUGCCUGGGUCGAGGAGAUCACGUCUUUGCUAUGGGAACAAGCUAUGCAAAAGAAAGAACUCCUCCUGCAGCAGCGAAAUAAGAGAGUAUCGAUGGUUUCAAUGAACAGCCAAGAGUCAUCGGAGACUGAACGAAAUGAUGACAAAUACAACUCACUUCGCGGUGUGCCGGGUGAGGUCCGUCGGUCUGGUGACAAGAAAGUAAGAAGAACCACAUGGUACUGCGAAUGAACGCUUUACGAUGUCGUUCAAAUAUAUUCGCAAUGUUAUUGUCGCAAUUUUCAUACGACCCGGAUUGAAAUUUCUGACUUGCAACUUGCAUUUUUCAAUAAUACGAUAUUACGAAACGGAGAAUUUCAGGUUAUGACACAAACUUAUAACGCUACGUACUUCCAAAGAUGUUCCAUUGAAAGCUUAACAUGUUUAUUGACGUCAGUAAAAAGUU